AUGACGACAUUGAGUGUGAAAUGCUUUUUCAAAGGAAUAAGGGCAGACCACUACAUGCCCACCGUGGCUAACUACGCAUUCAGAAGAGCUCGUUGCGUCCAAGACGACAUGCUUCGCAUUUACCAGAAGGACUUUUUGUAUUUCACUUAGCCAAAUUCAUUUUAUCCAGAGAAAAUAAUCAAGGGUGAGCCUCCGAAUAUUAAGAGACGACCAAGUAAGCAGUCGCAAAUCAGCGAGGGAACAGGAAGUAAAGAGGAGGACAAAAGGCGAGAAGUCGUCAUGCGAGAGUUUGUCGGAGAAUAUGGAAAAGGUGUACGACAGGAAAACGUUCGCUCAAAGACGAAAGAGUUGACUUGCACACUUCCAUAUGCCCUCAGCAUGCGUCCCUCUGUCAUCACAGCCUCAUUGGAAGACUACCACGACGUAACAACAACCUGCCAAAUAGAAGAUGCUAAUGUCGUACUGCAGGGUAGAACUGUUCGGGUGCAAACUGUUUACCACAAUAAGGAUGUCGUUACUGUGAGACAUAACCGCAGAAGAGAGAUUUCGCCAUUCUGGCUGGCUAUUCUCUUACAAGACGUCCAAUUAGAAGUAGAUGGAGGCAAUUUUCUACGAAAGAAAGUGCAAUUUCAGUGGCUGAACCAGACAAGUGACCCUCUUACGUACACUCCCGGCGAUGUCUGUGGUCGGAACUCACCCAACUGCACUCUAACCCGAGUUUUGGGAUUCACUGCCGAGGGUUCAAACAUUACUCUAACGUCUGAGGAGGACAAUAGGCUCUGCAGGCUUGCUAAUGGUGACCUUAAUAACGAAGAUGUUGGAGAUGAUGAGGAUCAAACUCCAGAGGAUGAGAGAACAUCUGGGGAGAGUGAAAGGGAAGUGUCGCUUCCAAGAUUAGCAGGAGUGAGCUUAUCAGGGCGACGGACCACACGUUUCCAAUUAUGA